AUGGAUUCUCCAGAUGAGGUCAACCUGUUUCGUGGCUGGCCGAACCCCGCCUUGCUGCCCACAGACGCCUUAGCUGAGGCCUCCGCCACAGUCCUGGCUUCACCAACCAUCAGAGUUCCAGCUUUAAUGUAUGGUCCCGAUGAGGGUUACCAACCGUUGCGAGAACACCUUGCCCAAUGGUUGACGGGUUUCUACCAACCCCGCCAUCCUGUCUCUCCCGAGCGCAUCUGUAUAACCGGCGGUGCCAGUCAAAACCUGGCUUGUAUCUUUCAAGUUUUCACGGAUCCCUCGUAUACCAGAAAUGUCUGGAUGGUGGCCCCCACCUAUUUCUUAGCAUGUCGGAUAAUGGACGAUGCCGGGUUUGCUGGCCGCUUGAGGGCGGUACCUCAUAAUGAGUUAGGUUUGGACCUUGCAUUUCUCCGUCAAGAAUUGGUUAAGGCCGAGGAGAAAGCUCGAGCUGAGCAGCGUCUUGGACCGAAAUAUAAACUACCGAGGCCAUGGGCCAAAGUUUAUAAACAUCUUAUCUACGCCACGCCCACAUUUUCCAACCCGACGACCCUGACCAUGUCUUUGUCGGAUCGGGAGGGCUUGGUCCGUCUCGCGCGAGAAUUUGAUGCUCUGAUCGUGACAGAUGACGUUUAUGAUUUUCUACAAUGGUCACCUGAUUCAGAAAAACCACUAGCACAGCCCGACAAGGCUCAGAUCCCCCGUGUAGUGGACGUGGAUCGUUACCUUGAUGGUGGCCCUAAGGAUGAGUGGGGCAACGUGGUAAGUAAUGGAAGCUUUAGCAAGCUAAUCGGACCUGGUGCAAGAACUGGAUGGGCAGAGGGCACCGAAAAAUUCGCCUAUGGUCUAUCGCAAACAGGUUCAUCACGGUCAGGAGGGGCGCCAUCCCAGCUUUCGGCUGCCAUCAUUGCUCAACUGUUCCCCACGGGGUUCAUCCAAACCUAUGUCGACCAGGUCUUGCGGCCAAAAUAUGCAGAGCGCUACUAUCGCCUGAUGUCUGCCGUCCAUGAGCACCUUCUUCCCCUUGGUGUAACGCUUCCACCCACGUCGCCAGAUGUUGUGGGAGGGUACUUUGUCUGGAUCCAACUGCCCCCACCACUACAGGCGGAUGAUGUUGCGACCGUAGCGCUUCAAGAGUAUAAGGUGAAUGUUAUUGCUGGUAAUCGAUUUCGUGUUCAAGGUGACCCCGACACUAGCAGAAACAGUUUUGACAGAGGCAUACGUCUCUGUUUCGCUUGGGAUCAUGAGGACAAGUUAGCGGAAGGGGUGCGUCGACUUGCAAAUGCUAUACGCUCCGCACUUAAAUAA